CCUCUAGAUUUUUUAGUUCUGCUCUUAGAACUCAGCGUUCCAGUCGAUCGCGGCAGUCGAGUGAGUCCGGCUGCAAGGUGAUGAAGCAGCUCCAUGAUGCAGACUCUGCCACGGAAUCAUUGGAACAUUGCGUCCCUUCUUGUCUUCUGGCUAUUGGAGUACUCCAUGGUGAUCAGCCAGAUCGACAGUGGCAAUGCGCUGAACGACAUGCUCGAGAUCUAUCGUCGCGGCCAGGCGCAAUUGGAUCUGGAGAAUCUGGACGAGGGCCAGCACAUAUGGGCGAAAUAUGAUUUUAUUGUAGUUGGAGCCGGCACCGCUGGCUGUGCCCUGGCCGCACGUCUCUCCGAGAAUCCGCGUUGGCGUGUGCUGCUCCUGGAGGCCGGUGGGCCCGAGAACUACGCCAUGGACAUACCCAUUGUGGCGCAUCUGCUGCAGCUGGGCGAGAUCAACUGGAAGUACAGGACGGAGCCAUCCACUAGCUAUUGCCUGGCCAUGAACGACAAUCGCUGCAAUUGGCCCAGGGGCAAGGUGAUGGGCGGCAGUUCGGUGCUCAACUACAUGAUGUACACGCGCGGCAAUCGCAGGGAUUACGAUCGCUGGGAGGCACUGGGCAAUCCGGGCUGGAGCUUCAAGGAUGUGCUGCCGUACUUUAAGAAGUACGAGGGCAGCAGUGUGCCCGAUGCGGAGGAGGAUUAUGUGGGUCGCAAUGGCCCGGUGAAGGUGAGCUACUCGGAGACGAGGACUCGCAUUGCCGAGGCCUUUGUGCGCGCCUCCCGGGAUGCGGGAUUGCCGCAAGGCGACUACAAUGGGGAGCAGCAGAUACGCGUGUCCUAUCUGCAGGCGAAUAUCUACAACGAGACCCGUUGGAGCUCCAAUCGGGCCUAUCUGUAUCCCAUCAAGGGAAAGCGCAAGAAUCUGCAUAUCAAAAAGAACGCCUUGGUCACCAGGAUCUUGAUUGAUCCGCUGAAGAAGACGGCGUUCGGUGUCAUGGUCAAAAUCGAUGGCAAAGUGCAGAAGAUUGUGGCCCGCAAGGAGGUCAUCCUGUCGGCGGGCGCCAUCAAUACACCGCAACUGCUGAUGCUCUCGGGCGUGGGACCCGCCAAGCAUCUGCGGGAGAUGGGCAUAAAGCCGCUGGCGGAUCUGGCCGUGGGCUACAACCUGCAGGAUCACAUUGCGCCGGCCAUUAGCAUCCUGUGCAACGAGAGCUCGCUGCAGAUUAGCGAGAUGUUCGGCUCGGAGGCCAUGGCUGAGUUCCUGAAGGGACGCGGCGUGCUACGCAUACCGGGUGGCGUGGAGGCCAUCUCAUUCUACGCCCUGGACGAUGCACGCAAUCCCGAUGGUUGGGCCGACAUGGAGCUCUUCAUGGUGGGCGGUGGUUUGCAAACGAAUUUGGCACUACGUCUCGCGUUGGGCAUCCAAUCGAGUGUCUAUGAGAGCAUGUUUGGCGAACUGGAACGCCAGAGUGCCAACGGCUUCAUGAUAUUCCCCAUGAUACUGCGCGCCAAGAGCCGGGGGCGCAUCAAGCUGAAGAGUCGCAAUCCCGAGGAGCAUCCACUCAUCUAUGCCAACUACUUUGCGCAUCCCUAUGACCUGAACAUCACAGUGCGGGGCAUCGAACAGGCGGUGAGUCUACUGCAAAUGCCCGCCUUCAAGGCGAUCGGUGCGCGUUUGUUCGAGAAGAGGAUACCCAACUGUGCCAAGUACAAGUGGAAGAGCAGCGCCUACUGGGCCUGCUAUGCGCGCCACUUCACCUUCACCAUCUACCACUACUCGGGCACCGCCAAGAUGGGUCCUCGCUCGGAUCCCUCGGCGGUGGUGGAUGCCCGCCUGCGGGUCCAUGGCAUCGAUAGGCUGCGGGUGGUGGAUGCCAGCAUUAUGCCCUACCUGGUCUCCGGCCAUCCCAAUGGACCGGUCUAUCUAAUAGCUGAAAAGGCGGCCGACAUGAUCAAGGAGGAUCAUAACUUUGUAUAAGUCAAAAACCAACUAUCAGUAACACUUAUCAAUCAAUAAUAUUAUUUGCUGAGUGAUUUCUAGUAAAUUAAACACUAUACAAUACAGUACAAAUGCUUCAAGUGGAAUGUGUUGUAAUGUGUUGAAUGUGUUG